AUGAUGAAUAUUCCAUUGCUUCCAGCUCAGGGGACGACGAAUUUGCGUCAAUUUCUGUGUGGAAGAAGUCCAAUGAAACCGCGCGAAAGAAAAGCUGUUCUGGAUGAGCAUAACAGACUGCGAGCAAGCUUGGCCAGCGGGAAAGAAGUUAACGCUCAUCGACGUUAUAUGCCAAAGGCAUCGAACAUGCGUGAACUGGUCAGUUCGCAUCGCUCUCUAUUUUACUUGCCCCGGAUCGUACAGUUCGGUUUCGGCGCGUAG